AUGGUUAACUCCGAAGCCGCUGCUGCUCCCGCCGCUCAAGCUCCAGAAAAUCCCGGUUUUCGGCGACCGCAAAUCGCCCCGCCAAAAUCACUCGAAGUUGACGGCGAUCGAGGUGAUAACUGGAGGUUGUGGAAACAACGAUGGUUAAACUACUAUCUCCUUGCCGGUCUGAAUGACCAAAGUGAAGAUUACAAGUGUGCCAUGCUACUGCACUGCAUUGGCAUUGAAGCCAUGCGACUUUUCAACGGAAUGAAAUUCGGUGAAGGUGAAGAUCGCGACAAGAUGGCGGACAUUCUUAUGAAAUAUGAUCAGCACUUUCUCGGUCAAAAACAAGAAUUCUUCGAGCGCUUCCAAUUCAAUCGACGAAAUCAAGAAUCUGGUGAGUCUAUUGACGAGUAUAUCUCUGUAUUACGCAACAUGGCCAAAACCUGUGGCUUCUGCGAUUGCAUACGUGAACUCUUGCUCAUGGAUCGCCUUCUCUUAGGUAUCUCAGAUGACAAGACUCGUGGGGAACUCCUCUCAACACACGAUUUUACACUGAGCAAAACCAUCGAAAUUUCUCGUGCAAAAGAGGCCGCCUCUCUUCACAUGAAAGCUCUCAAGAAUGAAGAGAUUAAUAAGGUGAUCAAUAAAUUUAAGGAGAAAAAGCCUGGUGACGACAAACACAAAACUAACGGAAAAUCUGGAGAUCAUGUAAAAGGAAAGACAAAAGACAAUUCAGGUAAAGGAAAAUCUGGAGAAACUAGUGAUCCGCGCGCUACUAAAAGAAAGUGUCUUUUCUGCACCCAAGUUCACCUCAUGAGGAAGGAACUGUGCCCCGCGUGGGGAAAGACCUGCAUGGCCUGUGGUGGCAAAAACCACUUUCAAAUGUCAUUUAAGUGUAAGCACCACAGCGUCCACUUUGUUGGUGAAGACUACACUACCGACUCCUCUGAAAGUAGCGGUAAAACCAUUAGUGGAAUUUCGACUGAUCAGGAUCAAUUCGUCAACGCAGUCCUACUUGGCAACCAACUCAUUUUCUGUGAAAUGGAAGUUAACAAGAAGCCGGUGAGACUACAAAUCGACUGUGGCUCUACUGUAUGUAUUCUGCCCAAGCGCUACGUUGAAAACACCCAAAUUCGCCCUGAAAAGAUAAACCUCCAGAUGUGGAACACAACCUCUUUGCAAGCCCUCGGCAAAUGCAAAAUAAAAGUUGUGAAUUCGACCACAAAGCAAAGCUACAAAGUGGACUUUUUCAUCGUUGACAAGGAACUCACCCCUUUAUUAAGUGGAAAAGCGGCACAGAAAAUGAAUCUCAUCACAGUCCACUAUGACAAGUUCAAGGUCGUAAAUGCAGUUUCGUCACCUGAACGUGACUAUGUCCAACUCUUUCCUGACACCUUCAAGGAAACACCUGACACACUCCCUGGCAAGAAGGUACACCUCACAGUUGCUGAGGGUGCCUCCCCGGUGAUUCCAAGUGCGCGCACCCUGCCUGAGUCACGUAAAGAUGUAGUCAAAGCCGAACUCCAGCGCCUUGUGGACACCGCUAUGAUUGUGCCUGUGGACGAACCCACCGACUGGGUGAGUCAAAUGUCUGUCGCUGAGAAAAAGUCCGGUGUCAGAAUCUGCAUAGACCCUCGCCCACUCAACAAAGCCCUCAAACGAGAACACUACAAGCUACCUGUCCUAGAGGACGUCCUUCCAGAACUAUCUCAAGCGUGCAAGUUCUCUGUCUGCGACCUAAAAGCAGGCUAUCUGCACUGCGAACUUGACCACCCUUCGAGUCUGCUGACGACAUUUGCAACUCCAUUUGGACGCUAUCGCUGGUGCCGUCUCCCCUUCGGCCUCACGGUUAGCAGCGAGAUCUUCCAGAAAAGGCUCCACCAGGCACUGGAGGGUCUCCAGGGUGUCCGCUGCAUUGCCGAUGAUGUACUCAUCUGGGGCCGCACAGAUGAUGAACAUGAUGAGCGGGUACAUUUGUUCCUACAACGCUGCUGUGAGAUCGGAAUUACUCUCAACAAAGACAAGUGCCGUUUUGGUUUACAGGAAAUUCCGUUCAUGGGCCUCGUCGUAAGCAGCAAUGGUCUUAAGCCUGACCCCGCCAAGAUUGAUGCAAUAGUCAAGAUGAAGCCGCCUACAGACAAGGCGGGUGUUUAA